AUGUGGCUUGCCCUCCUCCUCAAGAAACAGCGUCGAGCAAAUAUCGUCCCUCCUCCAUGGCUCCAUCCUACCUCUCUAGCCAAGAUCGUUUACCACGAGACGACGACCGAACCCGACGCCUUUUCACCGCCCCCACCGCCCCCUGCACGAGCCGACGCCUUUGGCAAUGCCCGACGAUACGGUUCAAGCACCGACGAGACGCUCUCGGCCCCGUUCUUACCCUCAUGUACGGCUGAUGCCCCAUCGGGCGCCCUACCUUAUCACUGGUUUGAGCUUGCGGAAAUGCUGCUUGCCCACGCCAUCGACGACAUACCAUCUCCCUCCGAAGUUAGAUCACUCCUGCGAGACCUCCAGGAGGUGCGCUCUGCGAAGUUGCGCAAGAGUACGGAGGACCUGAGCGAAGUGGCAGGCGUCAUGAGUCUCCGCGGAGUCGGGGCCAUGGAGCUGGCUGAGAGCCGCGGCUUCUUCUUGAACGUCAUAGAGGGCGUGCGAAAGAUUGGCGCGAGUGCUGAGGCCAGCAGACGUGAGGAGGAGGAGGAGCGCGGCAGCGGCGAUGGCGAUUAUGACGAAGACGAAGACAUGCUAUGA